AUGAUAACUCUCACUACUAAGAAGGUGUCCGCUGUCCGCAACACCCUGCAGAAGUUAACGUCGACAUGGCAAUGCAGAAACCUUGCAACUGAAGCCACAUUCGAUAUAAAAGCGUUCAAACUUCACAAAUUAGAAUCUGGACCCAAUACCACAGUAACCGUAACGAAAGAAGAUGCCAUAAAUUACUACAAGCAGAUGCAGUACAUCAGACGUAUAGAGACGGCAGCCGGUAACUUGUACAAGGAGAAAAUCGUCAGAGGAUUCUGUCACUUAUACUCUGGACAGGAAGCUUGCGCGGUGGGUAUGAAAUCGGCAUUCCGCGAUCAGGACUCAAUAAUAUCAGCUUACCGUGUUCACGGGUGGACAUACUUGAUGGGUGCAAAACCUGUGGAGGUGCUGAGUGAACUCACCGGUCGAAUCGGUGGAGUAGUUCGUGGUAAAGGUGGUUCCAUGCACAUGUAUGGUAAAAACUUUUACGGAGGAAACGGCAUCGUCGGCGCUCAGGUUCCUUUAGGAGCGGGCAUAGCAUUGGCUGCACAAUACUUAGGCACCGGAGGAGUAUGCUUUACUUUGUACGGAGAUGGCGCUUCAAAUCAAGGUCAAGUGUUCGAAGCAUACAAUAUGGCUAAGCUAUGGAACCUGCCCUGCGUAUUUGUCUGUGAGAACAAUGGGUAUGCAAUGGGAACGAGUUCUGAACGGUCAGCGUCAAACACGUCUUACUACACCAGGGGCGAUUACAUACCCGGAAUUUGGGUUGAUGGCAUGGACGUAUUGGCUGUCAGAGAAGCAUCAAAGUUUGCGGUGGAUCACUGUGUUAAUGGGAAUGGUCCGAUACUUUUAGAAACAGUCACCUAUAGGUAUUCCGGUCAUUCAAUGUCGGAUCCUGGCACAUCUUAUAGAACUCGAGCUGAAAUUCAAGCUGUAAGGAUGACUAGAGACCCAAUCACAUCGUUUAAAGAAAAAAUUCUCUCUACCAACCUAGCAACAGUUGACGAUCUCAAAAAAAUUGAUAAUGAAAUAAAAAUAGAAAUUGAUAAAGCGGUUAUAAAAUCAAAGGAAGAUGAAGAAAUUACAUUGGAUGAGUUGGCCAGUGAUGUAUAUUCCAAACCACUCGAAAGUGAACAUCGUGGGGUAGUACCCUGGCAAAAGAUAAAACAUGUUAGAAUUGGACCAGCCUUUAAUAGUGUGUAA